AUUCUUUCACCUUUCUUGUACUCUAUAUACGUCAAUGACCUCCUGCAUCAGCUCUCCGGCUCAGGCUAUGGUGCUACUAUUGACGGCAACUUCUGUGGCAGCCCCAUGUACGCGGAUGAUCUGGCACUGAUCGCAAACAGCAGCUCUGAUCUUCAGGCUAUGCUUGAGAUAGUUUUCUCCUACUCUGUUCAGUGGCGUUACCAACUCAAUGCCCAGAAGUCUGCCAUCCAAAUCUUUGGUGAAUCAGCAGCAACCCGUGCCCGAAAUCGCCCAUCUCGUCAGUGGAUCAUAGGUAGUGAGGUCAUUCCUGAGAAGGACUCCUACCACCACCUUGGAAUUCUUCGCUCUGUCUCCCACUCAUCCAACGCUCGUACCUCAGAGCGCUGCAGCUCUUCUAGAAGGGCAUUCUUCUCCCUCAACGGUCUUGGAUCUCGUGCAGGCUGCCUCCACCCACUCACAUCCCUGCGCCUGUACAAAGCAGAGUUGAUGUUACUCGAGAGAACCCACAGG